GUGAACAACCUUCGAUUUCUGUCUGGUAUCGCCCACGGAUUGCGGGAUUCCCUCUUGAUGCUAUGAAUUGAAAUAUUCUUUAUUUAUUUGUAAUUGCGUAACUGAAAACUUAUCGGCCAUAUUUGUUGCGACUCCUUUGUCUGAGAAUACGAGAGAAAAAUUUUAACCCUCCGAUAUGACUGCCAAAACGCCCAUGAUAAGUCUAUAUAGUUUUAUCUAUCGUUUCUAUUGUAUGAAUGAAGAUACGUAGCUGAAAUCGUCCCACGUUUUAUGGGGUCAAUGACACAAUAAACUUGUAUGACCUUAUUAAACUUUCUAUUGCCAAAAUAACCGUUAUCGGUACUAACUUUCAAGUUUCAAGGUAUAACAAUUAACAAAGUGAAUGGUUUUAUACAUAAGUUGGAAAAAAUAUGACUUGCCUAAUUGCGAAUUUAAACUUUAAACUUAAUGAUAGGGUCCAUGCAAGUGGUAGGAUAGGUUCAGUCUGCAACAAGAUGAUUACCCAACAGCUCGCUUCCCACAGCUAUUGAACCACAACCACACCUCACAGUCUUGUGAAAGUACAGCAAAGAGAAAGUGAGCAUCACGCUAGAGCUACAUGUGCAUACAUACACACACCAAUUGUCUGUCAGUAUGUAUAACAAACUCGUCGGUUGACUAUCGAGCCUGCAUAAAAAACUUUCUUUAACCCACUUUCUUAUUAGUAGUAGUUGGCGAUCAUCUUUCGCCUCUCACCGUGGUUGAAUUAAUUUUAGUGUAGUGCCGUGUUUGGUGGUCGGUAGAGGUAUGUGCCCUACCAUCGAGGUCCCAGUGUAGUCCCGUGCGCUCUGGCGGCGGUGGUGGGACUUUGGGACGUGGGGAUACGCGUUGCCAUAGUGACUCAAGUGUGACAGUGAAUUUUAUUUUUAUUUUUUUCCCGCUUCGGCGGCGAAGCGCGGAGGGUAACAACAAUGUGCGACAUGCAGAAGAUGCCCACUAGAGAGGAUGCCUCUUGUGAGGAGGAGUCCGACAUGAAUUUUGCCACAUUCUCAGCGGUGGGGGCUGCUGGUACACAUUUUGUGACCACCGGUGGCCAGCUGCCAGUGGCCAAAUUACAGCAGAACGUCGCCAACAAUGGAACUGGUAUGCAACAGGUGUGCGUGGCGAUGGGCGAGGGCGGCGUGCAGUACAUGCGCGCGCUGGAGGGCGGCGCGCUGCAGGCCGCGCCGCAGCUCAUCUCCGUGCCCAUCGCGCUGCCCGGCGCCAAGCCUGGUGACCCACAGCCAACAGUGCAGAUUCAAGUGCUCAACCCCAAUAUACUGCAAGCGCAGCAGCAACCCAAGUACCAGAUGCAAAUACCCAUACAGGGAUUCCAACAAGGUGGUGCGGUGUUGACAGUCGCUUACUCUCCGGAGACGAAUGAAACUGGGAGCAUACAGCUUGUCGGACAGGGCACUUUGGGAGACGGUACAUUCAGGCUGAGAUCAGGUCUGCAAGUAUUAGCGGCCUUACCACCAGAGAUGCAGCUGGUGCAACCCGCGCAGGCACAAGACAACAAGGACCAUAUACAACAGAAUAUGCAUCAGGUGUACAUAACGCCGAACAACCAGAUAAUAAUCAACGCGCCUGAAAGCAAGCCGUUGAACAACAACACGACAUCAGACAACAACAACUCAGGACCCAUGGAUAUUAUCAUCAAGGAAGAGUGUGAUGAGACUACUAAUGACGAUGAGAGCUCGCAGGGCACGGAGGGCGGCGACACGUGGCAGAUGUGUCCGCAGCAGGACCUCGUCAAGUACCUCAACACCUUGCCGCCACAGCAAGCACAAGCGCUGCCGGUAUCUCUGCAGCAGUUCCUGCGACUGAACCCCGCGGAAGCCAAGAAGUCUGACCCCGUGGUGGAGAUAGAAGUCGACAUGGACUCGCAGGUCAAGUCCGAAGAACCGGUCGCCGAGGCUGUACUUAGCGAAGACGGAACCAUAAGAAUAGUAGGCAAGAAGAAGAAGAAAUACAAGAAGAAGCCGCCGAAGCCAGCGCGGCCGAAGCCAGGACAGGUGGUCAUCGCCACCGCGCUGGACGGCUCGCCCAUCUUCUGCUGCCCCGAGUGUCAGAUGGCCUACCCGGAGAAGGAGCAGCUCGAAAUACAUCUGAUCGCCCACAAGAUUGAGAGACGGUUUAUAUGUGGAAUUUGUGGAGCUGGUCUGAAGCGCAAGGAGCACUUGGAGCGGCACAAGCUGGGCCACAACCCCGAGCGGCCCUACGUGUGCGGGGUGUGUCGCAAGGGCUUCAAGCGCCGCGAGCACCUCAACCUGCACACCGUCAUACACUCCGGCGUCAAGACAGAGAUGUGCACCGAGUGCGGGAAAGGUUUCUACCGCAAGGACCACCUGCGCAAGCACACCCGCUCUCACGAGAGCAAGCGCGCGCGGGACGAGGCCGCCGCCGACACGCCCGCGCAGCCCACUGCUGCCAACACCACUAAUAAUAUCAUGCCCGAGAUUACUAUACAUAUACCAACAAGUUCGAAUUCCCAAAUGCCGGUUCAAAUCAACAUCCCGCAGCACGUGGUAUCGUCCUUAGCCGCCAGCCAGCAACAGCAACAACAACAACAGCAACAGCAACAACAACAACACGCAGAGAACACCCUGGACGCGUUGUUGGCGCAGCACUCGUGACGUCACAUCACGCAGGCGCCGCUGCAGCAACUGCUCACCCAACCCAUAGCGUAUCAUUAUGUCCUCUAACUGGUUCACACUGGAUUUUGACGCCCUCUAACACAAAAGACAAUGAUAUCUGUGUAAUACUUGAACACUUACCUAGACAGUGUAGUAGUGCGGUUAAUAUGAUACUUUCUAAAAUACUAUGAUCUGGUCCAGACCUUGUGAGAUGAUAAAAUGAUAUUGGUCUAGGUACUGAUCAUUUCUAUAAUUCUAUAAGAAACUCUUUAAACCCGCACCUCAUUAAUUCCGGAUUUCUAUAACCUAUCCAUUGUUUGAGAGAUUAAGAUUUGACAUAACUUAUCUAAUGGAGCUAAUGUCAAAAUUCUCUAUAAGCAAUACAACAACGGAUAGCUGAUAGGUUAUAGAAAGCCAUUGUAAAUCACAAGGCACACACACAGUGACGUGACCGGGUGCUCAUUCAGUGACACAUAACUUUUACCAGUCGGGUCAUUGCUGGUCAUUGCAAUGUCAUGACAAUAAUAUAAGACGAUGGCUAUAUACGUUGAAAUCUGUUUGGAUAUGCUUGCUUUUUUAUUCAUAAAAAAUGAAUUAAAAUGACGUGGUUUUGCGUGACUUGAAAACUGAUUGGAGCCGGACUCUUAGGCCCAGGUUAACUGAUAACAUAAACUUCAGAUUACUUAAACAACGGUUUACUAUGUACUUUCACGUUCAAUUUACAAAUUAAACUAUUGUUAGUAAUAUAUACCUCUAAAAUAACGUUUAUGUUGUUAGUGAUACUGGGCCUUAAGCUCGCAUAAUCCAAACAGAUUAAUCUGCAGUCAAAACAUAUCUCUCUAGCCAGAAUUCAAAACUAGCUUUGACCUAUUUACUACAAAAUUGAAGAAUAAAUGAAUGUUUACAAUGUACUGAAAUUGAUCCAGGGCGAAUAUGACUGUUGCUUGUUUGAACCAUCGUUAGAACAAGUCAGUUACUUAACUAUAACAGGGUACGACACUAACUUGACAUGUAGGCCCAGAAUUGUUUGUAAAAAGUAAAUGUAAAAUGAAAUAACGCUUUAUUUGAUACGAAUAUGUUCUUAUUAACACAAGUGUGACCUUAUUUUAAGUCGUUUUAGACUUGAAAUAAAUUUUCUAUGUGAUUUUGAUCACGGAAUGAUUCUAGUUGCGAAUUCUUCGUAUCAAAUACUCGCUUAUUUCUUACUCUACGAAGUUGUGGCCUUGUAUGAGUCUGUAAAAAUUAACACGGUAUAUUGAGCUCUAUGAAGAGACUAGAUUAUAAUCAUGUGAAGGCAUGUUGUUUGUAAGAGAUAUUAGUGUAAACACGAAAUCAGUCCAUCAAGUUUGAAAGUGAAAAUGUGAUUAAGCUUGAAGCAUAAUGUUUGUAUAAUGUACAUAUCACGUAGUGUUAUUGUAUAAAUCUGUGUUUUGAUACUAAAAUACCAUGACAUGACAUCUCUUGUUUCGAGCGUUGCACAAACUUUACUUUGACGCUUGUAGAAAUGCGACGCUUUUUGAUACUUGAAAAUUAAUUGAGAUUCUGGUGUUGGUUCAUCGAAUGUAGCUUCCAUAGUGCUCAUCAUAUUUACAUAUCCUGAAAGGUUAUUUCACACAUAUUUUGAUUAAGAUUUCAUAGAAUAAUAAAUAUUAUAUUCCCGGUCUCAAUGUCAUAUUAAACUUUUAUGAAUUUCUGAUAAUUUGAUGUGCUCAAUACACGGACUCUCAUUUGAUUUCAAACAAUUCGAAUCAUAAAUAGAUAUCAUCUCCACUGUGAUAUUUAUACCAUUAUUCGCUUUCUGUGCAUUCUCACUAACUUUCAUGUGCUUAUUUUGUAUACAAACUUUUUCUAUUUCCAUCGAAUUGUGAUAUUUAUUUAUUGUCCGUUGAUAGGCGCGCGCUAGGAUAACACUCGCUUAAAAAUAAUGUAAUAGUCAUUAUCUUGCUGAACACUACGAUCCGUCCCUUUUGGAAAUUAUUUAUUAUUUUGGUUUGUGAAUAAUUUUAGGAGAUUUAUAGUAUAGUGACGAUGUUUACCUGCCGGCCUAUCGCUUACUGAUCCUAGCGCGGCGAUCGGACGGACUUGAGCUGAUGAAGUGCAUCGCAAGUGUGUGGAGAUUAUUUGAUUUUAGAUCGCAUCGUUAUGUGUUCUUACUGCGAUGUUAUAAUGUUGACAAACUUACACAGCCUGUGUUCAUUUUCAUCAAAUCGUUUUGUAGAACUUUUUUUCGAAUUAUUUAGAUUCUAGAAAAUAGCGUACCUACUCAUAUUGUUUUCAUACCCCAUUUAAUUUAUACGAAAUUGUAUCACACAUUUGCGCGAGUCAUAAUAUAAAAUGUUAAAUUUAGGCUUUUCCACCACACGAUAUUAAUAUUUGUCAGCUUUAAUGUAGGUGUAAAUUAUUUUCCAAUUAUAUUUUUGUACUUAGUGUUAAGUUUUGUAAUGCAUCACUACUCUGUGGCAUGUUUUGUAUGUCUUAGCUUAGAACGCUGCUAUUGCGAGAUCAAGGUGCUCUAUGAACAUUAAUUAAGUUCUGCAAGUUGUCUCUGGCCAUCCAGAUGCCUUUGUUUCAUAUAUUUCAUGGUGUUAAAGUUAUUAAUUACGGAGAGUCCCUAUUUCUGGUAGCUAGAGAUAGUGAGUAAUUGAAUUCAUAUAGUCCAACUCUAAUUAUUUCCUUGUUUCCUCAUUCUGUAAUAAAAUAAAUUGUAUUUUUGUACAUUUGUUGAUAUAAGUCUAUUUAAUAUACGUUGCGUAGUCUAGUUCGUUCGUCGUUCUAAAUCUCAAAUUCUUAUUUAAUAUUUUUGUUUAACUUUUUAGGCAUAUCGUGCGUACUUCGGUCGAAAACUUUACUUCAUAUCUGUUAUCAUGUAAGAUAACGUUAGCAGUUAACCAAUUUAGAUGCGUAUUUUUUUAUUUGGUUUUAUUGAAAUUAGUUGCAAGUAUUAUAAGAUUAAGACAAAGCGAAUAGACCGUUAACUUCUGUCCGAAGUUAUAAGUGUAAACUUUUGUAUGAAACUUUAUUUAUUAAGAAGACACCGUAAGAGUAAAUAAGAUUAAAGAAUAAAAUCACUGAUUUUGAAA